AUGCAAACCCAGAUUAUAAGAGAAUCGUUAAGAUUUAUUCAAAUGAAUGAAUCUAAAUCGACAUUAGUCAGACAGAUAAAAAUAAUAAAUCAAACUAAUCAAACUAAGGAUGAGUUUGCACAGUAUCGAAUUAAUGUAUAUGAAGACCUUGUUGACUCCGCACAAGUCAUUGUUUACGCUAUGAGAAAAUUACGACUGGAACCCCGAAAUUCAAUCUUCUCCGAAAAGAUUUUGGAUUAUUACGUCGAAUCUGACCCAUCUUUCCAAUUAAGCUCAGAAAUAGUAGAAGCUAUUGAUUCUGUGUGGCAUGAUCCAAUAAUAUCAGAGGUUAUGGAGAAACAAAAUCAUUUCUAUUUAAUGGAUUUUCUUGCAUCAGUAAGACGAAUUGGGGCACCGGGAUAUUUUCCUGAGAAAUCAGAUGUUUUUCGAACAAGAACCAAAACCACGGAUGUAUCAGAAACAAGAUUUAACAUGAGACAACUAAGCAUACAUGUAGGUUGUCGAUUCGAGAGAAAAAAGUGGAUCCAUCAUUUUGAAGCCGUUACAUCUAUUAUUUUUAUUGUUCCGCUUAAUGAAUAUGACCAAGUUUUUUUCGUAAGAUUUGAGCCAGGUAUUUUGAAUAGAUUGGCAGAAAGGUUGAUUUUAUUUGAAUCAAUAAUCAAUAGUCGAUGGUUUUUACGAACCUCGAUUAUUUUACUCCUAACUAAAAUUGAUUUAUUCCGAACAAAGUUACUUCGAGUACCUCUUGAACAAUAUUUUCCCGGUUAUUCUGGUACAUAA